GAAUACAGACCGGAAGCUACCAUUUUAACUCGAAGAACAUUAGCAGCCGUAGGCAUAGUCCAUAGACGGGGACAUCUAAAAUUGACACGGGGCGGAAAAUAUUUGACCGAAGAAAAAUAAGGAAAAUACGACAAACACUCAAGAAAGGGAUAAUUUUGGUAAAUUCGAAGAGUUAACGAUUCAAGCAUCGAAACUACCGCUUCAAACAAGGGACAUAUGUGAAUUAGCAGGCCAACCCAGCGGAAAUAGUUUUUGUUAACGAGUCGAAAACAGCCCUCCUGGGCCGAUGGAGAGGCAGGCCUUUGAAAAUAUUUGCCCCUGGAUGAAGAAAAAUGGCUAUCUGACAUAAAUAAGUUUUCACGGCAUACCCCGCGCCAUUUUUAUCCUAUGUUUUUUUCUUUUAUCGUUUUGACAGGCGAUUUUAAUGGUAAUUAUAAGGUUAGCUGGCUAAAAAAAAAGACGGCUAUCAAGCUAUCUGUUAGCUUGGUAGCUCGGUUAGCUUAGCAUCGGCUACCUAUGCAACCAGGUUUUCAAACGACAUUUACAUUUAUUAGCUAACAACGAAAUUAUUGAAAGACUCCUUUAUUCAGAUCCAAUUUAAUUUGUAUUGCUGCUUUGGUUGACAACUAUACUCAACCACCUAUAAAAACAAAGUAAUGUUAGCCUGCUAACGUUAGUUAGCUAAUGACGAAUGCCGCGCUGCUAAUUUUGGAAUUUUGCCACCACCUGCAAUUUUGGUGGGUUUUCAAGUUAGUCUAGCUAACUUAGCUACCCACCAGAAGAUCAAUGGAAGCAGACCCAUUCGUUUCUACUUGUAAACACGUUUUGGUCUUCAAUCAAGCAGAAAGUGCUACACCAGUCUCCAGCCCAUAUACAUCCCACCAAACCUGUUGUCUUCAAGAGUGUGGCAUCAACGGGCAGACAAAGCAGUGGAACGCCUGUUCAUCCUCCUCCACCCCAGCUGGAUGCUGACAGCUUCACAUUUUUGGUGAAAAACAAGACUACCACUGUACAAGAAGGACUCUACAAACACUACAUAGACUGCAUACUAUUUAUACGUUGUAUUUCAAAUUAGGAACAGCAUUUAUUUAAAAGGACCUUUACCUGCUCUUCUUGGUUUAAAGUGCAAGCACUAGGCAUUCAUCUGUAUAAGAGGGGAUAAGGGAUAGACAUUGGUAGAGGUGAGAGUCAUUCUAAGUUGUUCAAGAAGCAUUACUUCCAGGAGCUGUGGCUAUUGAUGAUUAUUGGUGCGAUAUUGUUGUACUUCAACAGUAGGGCGAGUGACCCAGGAAAAACCUCCCAUUAGUGAGUGGGAGAUGUUCCAGUUCAGUAAGUACCCCUUGGACAUUCUAGAUAUGCUAAGUGGACACCAAGCCCACCAGUUUAAAGGCCUUGGAUUGGAAAGACAGUUGCAGCACCAACAGCAAGUCCAACUUCAGCAUCAGCAGCAGCUUCAGCAGCAGCACCAACAGCAGGGGGAGUCGUCAGGGGCUCUUCUCUCUGGGCUUGGUCUGGGGUCUCUUCAGGGGUCUAGAAGUAAUGCUUUUGCUGAUUCUUCAUCGAUAUUUGCCAAAAUGAGUGCCCCACCUCCACCAAUAUCACACCAGAGCCAGUCCUCAUCCUCGCAUAGUUCACGGAAAUCCAGUAAGAUGAGUAGUAGUGGGAGUUCAGCUGCAGGAUACCCACAAUUCUUACGUCCGUUUCACCCUGCAGAAGCAGCGCUAGCCCAAGAGCAGCUACACUCGGGAAUGGGACGUUUUGACUUUGGUGGUAGUAGCAGUGGAGGGUCUGGUGUUAUUGGAGGAGUGGUUACAUCGGCUCCCCCACCGCCACCUUUACACCCUGGCCUCUCUGUUCCCCAAGCCUCACCUGGACCAUCCUCCUCGCCCUCCCCGUCAUCUUCAUCGUCCACCAGUAACAACCCUGGCAGUGCAGUGUCCUCCCUAGGGCAACCACUCGUUGGGCAGUCUGAUCCACGUAGCUUACAUCAGCAGUUCAGUUGCAUGCUUGCCGCCAAUCAGUACUUUCUUUCUGGGGUCCCGACUAACAGCAGUCUGGAGCAGUUUCUGGUUCAACAAGGGGGUCAUAACCAUCUUGGCCUGGGUUUGGGCCAAGGAGCUAGUGACUCAAACUCAGCCCUUGCCCCACCUCCAGCUCUUCACUCCUCUCACAGUCAUAGUCACUCCACUCCCCAACCUCAACAGCAGCAGCAACCAUUGGCACCCCAUGCUUUGUCUCACCCUCACAGCCAUACCCACCCACACCAUCCUCUUCACCCAACACCUCAGCCGUCGUCUCUGGGUGGUUUUGAUUUCCAAGGUAUUCCAGUUCUCUCCUCCAAUCAGCUGGCUUCGUUGAUGCAACAAGAAGCUAGUGGUAUGCCUCUCCCUCUACCACUCCAUUUAUCACUUUCGAAAGAUGAAGGGAAAGGAGACAGUGGAUCUGGGUCUGGUGGAAGUGGUGGUAGCAGGAGAAAGAAGGCUAUGGCUGGCUACCUUCCUCAGAGAAAAGCAGAUGGCACUAGUCACAGCAGUAGCAGUGGUAGUAACUGCCACAGCAGCUCCACUGAACACAGUCAAAAUACAAUCAUUCAACCGGGCCUUGUAGGAGGAGCCAUAACCAGCCUUGGUAAUAACCAUUCAUCAGUCCUCUCUUCAUCAACACAGUCUUCCGCAACGGUCUCCUCCUCUUCCUCCUCAGCCCCUUCCUCAUCCACAGCCUCGGUGCUGGUAGCUAAUGAUUCACAGCUACCUAAACCUGCAAAUCCCAUGGCCUCCAUGCCUUGUCAACCUGACCCUGAAGCCAUCUACCACUGUGGUGAAUGUGGAAAGACCUUCAGUCAUCUUACAAGCCUUCGAAGACAUCUCCGUAGUCAUGGUUUGACUUCUGAAGAUGCCAAGCCAGACACUUCAAGCGAAGACAAAACGUUCUGUUGCACCGAAUGUGGAAAGGGAUUCAAGAAAAGAGGGCACCUCCUCCAGCAUGGUGUUAUCCAUUCAGGGGCUCGUCCAUUUGCAUGUGGUGUCUGUCAACGGUCUUUCAACCGCCGUGAGUCCCUCACUAGGCAUGAGAAGAUCCAUGAUGAUAAGCCUUUCCGAUGCCCUGCUUGUGGUCGCUGCUUCCGAGAGAGCACCUCUUUGCUAAAUCAUGCUGCGUCUGGCACCUGUGGAAAGCCUGGAAGGAAUUCCCGGCCCAGACCAAGCGGUAGUGGUGAAAAUCAAAGCUCAUCAAGUGCAAGUAGCAGCAAAACUGAAAUGGUGGCUGGAGGCAGUGGUACAGGUGAUUACCAACGAGAUGGAGCGAGCAAAUAUGGCACGGAUUAUUCAAGGAACCGGCCAUCCUACCAACCAUCCUACAGUGUGGAUGACUACCGACGACAGCAGGCUAACCAAUCUUGUUAUUCUGGAGAGAGCUCCCAUAGCAGUGAGAUGUCAAGCCAGACACUUAGAAAAGCACCCUUGGCUCCUACCUUACACCCACACCCUCAAAGUCAACAACAACAACACCAUCUCCAUCAACAGCAGCCUCACCUUCCUCUUUCAUCUCUAUUGGAUGACUCUGAGGAUGAGGUCACUAGCAGUGCCAUGUCUGCAAUUGCAGCAGCUGCCGCUGCCUCCUGCGACAUAAGUACUGGCGAGAGUCGAGGAGAGGAGCGAAGAGACAUCAUUGGAGGUUUGCUUGGAGGACUUGGCUUUGGGAAUAUGGGAGUCUCACCAGGUGGUCCAUCAUCUACAUCUGAAAUCGACAAGACCUACAGAGCAGGUAGUGGCUCUACCAUGCCUUUAACCCAUCCAAGCCAGCAGAUGAUGAAUGCUAAACCGAAAAAGCCCCGCAAGCCUCGGCAGAAGAGAGAACCAGGACCUGAUGGAAUCAUAGUUAGACAAAGAAGAAGUCGUGGAGAGGGAGAACGGCCAUAUUCAUGUGGAGUAUGUGGUAAAGGGUUCAGGAGACGUGAGACCCUACGUCGGCAUGACCGUGUUCACACAGGUGAAAAGCCACACCGGUGUGAUGUUUGUGGGAAAGAGUUCCGGGAGUACUUCCAUCUGACUAAACAUUCCACUGUGCAUUCUGGGCAGAAGAACUACAAAUGUGACCUAUGUGGUAAAGAGUUUGCUUAUGCUCAGAGCUUGGUGAGACAUGGAAAAUUACACACAAAAGGACAAUUGGAUGGUACACCAGGAGGGAAAAUUGCUAAGGGCCAUGGAGGGGUUAAUAAUAUAGAUGGAAAUCAAGCAAACUCUCAAUCUUAUUAUCCGUACCCUCAAGAUAAGUCUCAGGGGUCCAGCUCGUCCACUCAGCCCUCUCAGAAGCUCUAUACAUGCACAACAUGCUGGAAAUCCUUCCGCCAUCAGUUCCACCUGACAGCCCAUCAACAAACUGUCCAUGGUGGUGGAAUAAGAGGUGAAAAGAAUUUCUGCUGUGAGGUAUGCGGGAAGGCUUUCGCCUAUUCUAACAGCUUGUCCAGGCACAGGCAAUCGCAGCAUGGAUUGGGCCGCACUGGUUCGGCAAACCCACCAGCUGGUGGAACCCAACAUCCUUCCCAAGCAGCUGAGUACAUCCCUCUUUUUGAAUCAGGCCACCCCUCAACUUAUCCGUCUGGCUCCUACAUGCCAAACCAAUCCACCCAAGGUCAACACCGCCCUUUUCAGUUCCAGUCCCAAGAAGGAUGGGUUGGUGGCAAGAGAAAAAGAGAGAAAAAAAGGAGGGUUGAAUAUCAAAGUAUAAUGAGAGGGGGGCAACUAGUAGGGGUUGCCUUGAAUAAGGCCACGAGCAGGAGACUCAAACUGAUGAAGCGGAAAAAAGGAAUAAUGCAUGAGAAGCUUAAGCAAAAGAAACUGCUCGCCCAGCUCCUGAGAAUGAGAGGAGGGUAUAGAGUUAAACAAUGGUGCGGAGGUGUGGUUAAGGUCAGUGGGCUGUCAUCUAUGGAAGUCCCCAUAAAACGUUUUCCAUGCCAGUACUGCCCCAGCACCACAUUCGCCAGUCAGGCCAAACUUUUGAUCCAUCGUUGUGUGAGGCACCCUUCAAGAAAUAACGGCCACCGGGCCCGUCUGAAGUGCUCUGUCUGCGGAAAGCGUUCUCGGACGUUACGGAAAGCCCUCAUUCAUCGUGGACGUCACCUUUCCCAAGGGCGGUUCUCAUGUCCCAAAUGCCGCUCCCGCUUCUGGAAUGGAUCUCUCCUAGAGAGGCACAGGGUUGCUUGCCGGGGUCAAUCUCUCUUAGGCAGUGGAAGCUGGGGCUUGAAUGUGAACUUGCCCCCAAGAGAGGUUGUUGAGAAGACAGCGGAAGAAGUGGUUCAGGAGGGCCAGCCUGGGAGAACAACAGUGGUGACUGAAUACAGCCACUAAUUAUUUUAUAGUCUAGGAUUUUUAAACUAAAAAGCAAGCAAGAAUUAGCAAGUUUUAAAGAUGUGGGCAACAGGCUUAGUAGAAUUACCAUAUAUCCCAUUCAUACAAUCCUUACUAUAGCAGAGAUGUUUGUAAGAUAACAUGGACUUUUUAAAGGUCAACAUCAAAAGCACCAUCCAUCUGUCUUUGCUUCCCCAAAGCGGAGAGAGGAUUCUAGAUCAUGUGAGUGUUUCAGUAGCAUCUCUUUUCUUCUAAAAUGCAUUCAACCACAGUAUUAUUUUUGUUAGCUGUGUUUGGUCUGGGAUUAUGAAUGCAUACUAGUAAGAGUGAAGUACCAAAAGUACUGAUGUUUUAUGUUUUCUGUCAUUAUUCACAGUUAAACAGUAAUAGUAUUUGUCUUUUGUUCUGUACUAUGUGUUUUUCUUUUGUUCCCUGUAGAGAUUUUUUUUCUCGUACAGAUGUUUGGCCCGAAGCAAAAAACAAUGUCUGGUAAGCAAGCCAGUCUAAGAAGCUAUUUGAACAGAUAAAAGAUAGUUGUCAAUUAGUCUCUCCUGUUAUGAAACUUGACUCACUGAAUUGAAUAAUCACUUAGUGUAACUAGACGUAUCUUGUCAAACAAUCGGUAAAAUUGUGCAAAACUGGCUAGCUGAACAGGUUAGAAUGGAUCAGAAUGGAAUGAAAGAGACCAUUUUUCUGUACACUUCCAUCAUAUAUAGGGGAAAACAAUGGGACUUUGGUGUCAGGAAUGGAUAAUGGGAACAACCGGAGUGUACUGUACAAUUCGUAUUAUAUUUGAUUAUAUAUUGAUUAUUUGCUGUUUUUUUUUUACUCCAAGUAUCAUUUAUUUUGUCAUUGUUGCUAUUGUAUGGGUGGGUGGGAAUAUGUUUUGGGACUAUCUUUGUAAAACAAUGGGAGGAUGAUGAAUAUAUGUAUCGGUGUGACAAUUUGUUUUUCCUUCCCUAACCCAUUUACCAACCCUAUGCCUUAGUUAAGCCCUAUCCCGUAACACGUGUACGGACACAUUGUUCAUUACUUAGGUCCUGUCUCCCAGGUGUUUUCCUUUCAGUAAACUAAAACAUGAAAUAUUAUUACAAAAUAACUAUCGUUUUCUUUGCCUAAAGUGAAUUGUUGAAUCCCUUAAAAAUUAAAUAAAAAUUUGUAAAAAUGUCA